AACAAGAUCCACCUCGAACACCCCUCCACCCCAACCCCCUUCUCUCAACCCCCCAAAACCCACCCUCUGCAAACACAGUCCAAAAUCAUACCAUUAUUGCAAAUUUACAAAGCUAAACUCAUUUGUCUUAAGUUUCCUCCUCCUCUUUCUUCAACACCCAAAUAUCAAAGCUUUGCUCUCAGAAAAAAUUCCAUCUCAGAAAAAAUCUAAUCUUUCAAGUCUUUGCUCUCUCUAUCACAAUCCCAUUUUCUCAAAUACACUCCUUUUUUCUUCUUCUACUAAGUCUUCAGUUCAUUUGUUAGAAUUAGUCCAUCAAUCUGAAUUUCCAAGAAGUAGAGAGAGAUCAUUGACCCCAGAAAAAUUUUCAACCCCACCUCAGAAAAAUCUGAUCUUUUUUUCUACUUUUAUACUGUCUAUCACAAACCCCAUCUGUCAAAAACUCAUUUUUUCAGUUCAAUUGUCAGUUGGUCCAAAAUCUUGUAAUUUAGAAUAUUCUUGAAGGUCUAGUGAUAUGAGGGAAGAAAAUUCUAAUUGGUUUGCUAAAUGGGAAGAAGAACUGCCUUCUCCUGAGGAGCUAAUGCCUUUAUCCCAAACCCUCAUCACUCCUGAUUUAGCCUUAGCUUUUGAUAUUCAAAACCCCAAUAGCCCACUUCCCAAAACUCACCACCAACAACACCAGCAGACUGCUCCACCACUAGGAGUUCAUACACCUUCAUCUCACCCUAACUCAUCAGCUGAGUUUGACUCGGCUGAGUUGGGUGGCACUGCAGGUUCAGGGGGUGUUGAUGAACCUGCCCGCACCUUAAAAAGGCCUAGGCUUGUGUGGACCCCACAGCUCCACAAGAGGUUUGUGGAUGCAGUUGCUCAUUUGGGGAUCAAAAAUGCUGUCCCCAAGACUAUAAUGCAGUUGAUGAGUGUAGAUGGCUUAACUCGUGAGAAUGUGGCUAGUCAUUUGCAAAAGUAUAGGCUAUAUUUGAAACGUAUGCAGGGACUUUCUAAUGGUGGCAGUGGCAAUGGGAAUGGAAGUAUACCGGGUUUAUCCGGGGGAGGGAUGGUGGAUACAGCAACAGAUCAACUGUUUGCUAGUUCAGCAGUGCCUCCACAUUUUUUGCAUCCAGGGAGGGGUAAUUCUGACCAUUAUAUGCCGUUCGUUCCAGUGGCAGCAAUGCAUCAUCAUCAUCAGAUGGCUGCAGUUGUUGGACACCCUCCACAGCUUCAGCAGCAGUAUAGGCAUUUCGGGUCGCCACCAAACGGGCAGUUUGAGGUUCCAUUCGUGUCGAGGCAGUCGCAUCAGCAGGUUCAGAGAAUGGGAACAUCAGUGCAUAGUAGUAGCCCAGUGGUGCCAUCUUAUGUUGAGGAUUUGGAAUCAGCUACAGCUGCUAAUGGGAGGAAGGUUCUUACUUUGUUUCCAGCGGGAGAUGAUUGAUAUUCAGGGUAACUGUUGAUUUGUCAUUUGCAAUUUCCUGUUAAUUUCUCUUAUGGAUAUAUCUGGAGACUGGCUUUGGAAUAAUACUUAAGUCUUUGAUUUAGAACCUUUUAUUUGGAUAGAUGGUGUUUCAGUUUUUAGUAUCUCUAUAUCUUUGUACUGGUCCUUAAAAACUGUGAAUCCACUUUCCAGUCCAUUUAUGUUUUUAAGAAUUAGGAUUUGGUGCGUAGUGUCAGUGCUGAAAUUGUUCACUUAGACGAACUUCUACAGGUGUAAUUAUGUUGUGGUUAGCAUCGUGUUUCUCUUGUCA